AGUGUUAUUGUACAUUUUACCAUCACAUUUCGUGAAUUAGACUCUGAUGAGUUACUGAUAUUCACGGAUACCGCUGACAAAGAUGGCAGGAUAGCAGACUUAAAAGUUACCUCUGUCUCUCUUUUGGUAGCAGGAGGUGAGUCCUUUCCCAUGGUUUUGAUUGACUUGGUGUUGUUUGCGCCUGAGCACUCGUAUAAUAUAAUUUCUCACCAAAAUAGCAUUUAAUUGCAAAAUAUCUAGAGGGUAAAUCAUCAAGUGUGAUUUAAUAUGUGCGACGGUGGUACUUCACUCCACAAUUUAUGGCAAACUUAGUGCUAUGAAAGCUCAUUAUCAUGUCGUAAAUCGAAGUGCUUUCGGCUACCUUAAUGGUUUUUUAGCGCUGUUGGUCGCAUCAUGUUGAAGUCCAAUUUUGUUUGUUUAUUUUUCUAUCAAACGGAGGAUAUAAAACGUCGGUUUUUAUGUAAAAACAGAAACAGCCGCGUAUUUUAAAAUGUAAUUCAGUUCCUAACCAGGUUCCUGAAAUAACCAAGACUUACCUGACAAGUGCCACGAGUGUUAAAGUAUUCUGGACACCAGUUACUGACGGCCCAAUAGAUGGAUAUCAGGUUGCCUUUCGUUCAAUCAACGAGGGGAGGUGGAGCAAAGUCGCUGUUGAUCGCAACACCACCACCCUACAUCAAACGAAUCUACAGGAAGGAAAAGUGUACAGGAUUAGAGUAAUGGCAUUCAACAAAAGUGGGAAUGGCCUUCCGGGAGAAGCUGAAGAGAUUAUGAUGAAAGAGGAGGGUAAGCUUUUGCUUUCAUGUUCUGCAAACGUUUAGGGAGAACAAAUACCUCUUUAUUCGUCACUAAAAAUUUAACAAACACGGUUGCGAAACGGUAAAAGGAAGAAAAACAAAAUCGCAAGAGUUUCCUUCUGGUUGCUUAUUUACCCGCCAUCCUUUAAGCCCAAUCACAUAUAAAAAUGCCUUUCUGGCUGGUGCAAGUAACAAGCGAGCUGAACUUUGUUUGCAUUGGUAUUUUCUUAUCAGUACCGAAGGUUGCUCCGCUUGUAAGUGUGGAGGACAUGACAUCCCCGCAUUCGUUUGCAGUUUCAUGGACACCUUUGCCAGAGGAGCAUCUCAUGGGCAGACUACUUGGCUACCGUAUCACCUACAAAGCAGUAAAAGUGGCUGAUGAAAGAGUAGAUAGCGAAGAGAUGGCCACCAUGACUGUUGAUGGUCCAGACGUUCUUCACGCAAAGAUAACUGGACUAAAAAGUUACUCCUCUUACGUUGUUCAAGUAGCUGGCUUUACAUCCAAGGGGAAUGGCUUAUCAUCAUUCAAGGUGACGGGAGGUAAUAAAAAGUGUAUGAUACAUCAAAAAUCGGUUAUUUCCAAUUUUCUGGGGGGAAGCAGAUUCCCGUCGUUUGUUCAAACGGCUAGCAAAAUUACAUCGAAAGAUUCCGUUGAUGAGUAAAAUAAUGGUACUUUUCCCAAGCAACAUCCAUUAAGUACUUUGAAGGUGAAACCUCGGUCAACAAAUGAAUGGACUAUCCUUCAGCCCUAUCGCAACCCAAAUGUAUGUCGUAUACAUUUUUACACGAAUUCAAAUAAAGUAGUGCUCCUUUUUUUCAAUCUAGCAAUGAAAAUAUAAAAAGAGAAUGUUGAACAACUCACUUUUUGAAGGCUGCGUGCCUUGCACUUAGCUCUGGCUUCAUUAUAAUUGACAGUCAGUGACUCAAAUUCAUUUCUUAACAACAGAUACCUGUCGUUGCCCAGCAGUAUUCAACACCAACUGGGCGGAACUUCCUCCGUACGUUACCAAAUCAGUCCACAGUCAGUCACCGCAAGGAAUUAUUGGCACUUUCGUGGAAGAAAUGCUGUUGGAGUCCUGUGGUGUAUGUAAAGCUCAUAGACACACUUUUCUGAAUUUUAAGACUAACGGCAAAGGAGGCGCAGCCCAUAAGACCACUUUGAAUGAAGUUGUCUCGGACGUUAACAAUAAGACAGCGAUAAGCUUUCCUGUCACAGGGGCCAUGGAUGAUGACAAAUUUCAAAGGUAUUAUGUAUUUGUUCCGAUGGUAGAGUCACCAGGAAUCGCCUUCAUCACAGUUGGCCAGAAGGAUGGAAGUAAAAACAUAGUCAUAUCGACACUGUUGAAGUAUUUGCCGCUACACCUGUUUUGUUUAAUGAUGGCUUUCGUGGCUGGUACCAUCAUCUGGGCCCUGGUUAGUAGAGCUGGCCUUGUGCCUUCUUUAUCCAUGAUGUGAUCUUCAUCCAAGUCACACGUGAUAGUCAAACUCUUUCUAGUUUCUAGAGCUCCUUCAAAUGGCGAUAACCUGUCCACCAUUUUCCCUCAAAAAAAAUGGUUAGGUUGUUUUCUAUUCGCAAGGAGACACGUUGUGAAUUUUGGGUCUUUCUAAGAAAGCUUGGAAUUCUCUGUAACAAACUGGAAAGACAUUUAACUAAAUCUAUUAUUGGGCAUGUUUUUUCCUUCUUCCCCUACAGUACCUUUGCUUAUUUUGCGUUUUUCUUUGAUUUGUAGUUCCCUCCAGGCCUAAAGUAGAUUCCCGCGAGCCUAAACGGAUUUAAAUUGCGUUAUAUAUUUGUGUCAGGUUGUUAAGAACUACUCUCUUCAUAAGACUAAACAAAAUAGCGAUAAAAAUCUCCCUAAUGCCCCAAGAGUGCUUGCAUUGAGUAAUUCAUAUGCAUUGCCCCUGUGGACGCAGUCUAAGUUCUUGGAGAGUCACACAAACUACUUGCCAUUUAGAUAUGCUCCUGAGCAAUAAUUACCAAAACCCACGUUUCUCAUGUUCCCUUUUUUGUCAUUUAGGAAACAACCCGGGAUGACGGUUUUGCCCACUCAUUCAUCAAAGGGGCUUUUGAAGGAUUUUGGUUUUCCUUUACUUCCAUGACAACUGUCGGGUAAACCAUGAAAUUAUUAUUUCCACGAUCACCAAAUAACGAAUACAAAAAUUAUCAAUUUCGUUUUAGCCGUUUUGAAAAGUGACGAAGCAGAACAUGAAAAAAUAAAUCAGUAACUUUCACGUUACUAAGAAGACUCUGAAUUCAGUAAAACUUUGAGAUGAUUUAGUGCAUGCUCAUAUCAUUUCGGAUGCCUGCGGAUAUUUUGCCCAAUUUAACUGUUCGGACUAUUGUCACGUAAUCUUUCAAGAUUUCACAGGAUUGGGUGAUAGAUUAAGUGUACGCGCAGGGCCACGUGCAAUGAGAAAGUAAUUCAAUAUCACGAAAGUUACGGAGUGUAAAAGUUGCGGAGUGACGAAGUUGCGUUCAAGUUUUCUUGCGUUCGUUGUUCCAUACGGCACAAAUAAAGGAACUCGAGCAAGGUCGUCAAUUUACUUUCAGAUCUCGACAGGAAGCCAUAAUGAAGAGCAAAGUCUGUUGAGUUUGUUUGUUAAAUCUCAUAAAUGUGUGUUUAUUAUCAUUUAUUUAGUUACGGAGAUAAAGUGCUUGUGGGGUUCUGGUCAAGGCUGUUCGCGGUGGCCUGGAUUUUAACUGGCCUAGUUGUGGCUUCUGUACUUACAGGAGCACUAGCUGCCUCGCUGACAUUCUACACGAUAGAGAAAGAUGUAAUGUUGUACGGCUCAAAGGUAUGUUAGAUCUGAGCCUUUGUCAUUACAAUAAAUAAAUAAAAACAAAUGAAAAUCAGUGCACUCUAAUCAACUACAUCACAAGCCACAGAAAUAUCCUCUAGGUCCAGACCGUAUUAAGAUAGGUGUUUUGGUUUUUAUGGAGGGAGGAAAUCGCUAAGUGCGGCAAUCAAAACUCAGUUGCAACUGAGGAAACCAAGGGCUGUCUCCAUUUGGCUUCUACUGUCUUGUUACCCUGCAAAGCCUGGAUUUUAAAACAUUGAACUAAGCCUGCGCAACAAAUAUACUUUCUGUUUCACAAAACCUUAAUGCUGAGAGCAUGUUCCAACAAUAAGGCAGGUUUUCUACAAACAGAAAUGACACCUUUAGCAAGCGAAAUUACAUUACAUACGAAGUACGAUGGAACUUACCGACUGUUUCGAGUUCAGAGUGGCCAUAACUCAACAAUUUUGGUUAGCAAAUGCAAAAUAUGCCAGUAUAAACAUGGAGACUUCUUUUUUGACAAAGCACAUGGCCGGUAUCCCGGAUCUGGACGUCAAAAUGUAAGCAAGCAAUGGGAGCUACACUCGAUGAGCAAAUAAUAUAACAUUUUCCUUUUUAGUUUUUUAUUUUCUUCAUUUGGGGAUUUUUCUUUGGCUUUUUUUCACUCUCACUUAUCUGCCGCAGACAACGAACAGGAUGAAAUUAAUAACUUUGAUUUGAAAUUUUCUCAAGUAAAAAACAAAGGGAAACAGGCACGUCAUUUUGUUAUAAUGCACCGUACAGGAUUAUUUAGAAGAUGUAGCGGGGAAAUUGUUUUUGACAUAUCUUUUUGGAUUGCAUUCAUGUCAAGGUGACGGCUCUAACUGAUUCACCGGCCCAUAGACUUGGCGUCAGAAGAAAUGCUCUCAUCAGUGAGUAGAAAAGGUGUAAAAUCUAAAGUUAUGAUACACGAUGCGUGGAAACUGUGGAAAAAAUAACGUAUUUCGCCAACUAGUCAUUAAAAGGCAACAUUACUUCUACAAAAUUUUAAAUUACGUGCAUGGAGAUCAGAUGCCUGGCCACUGAUACUAUCCAAAACUUUUAAAAGCCACAAAAAAAACUCAGAAAUAAUUUGCAAUGCAUUUUGGUUUAGAUGCAAUGGAACUUGACAUUGAAAAAAAGUUGCAAUUUAGUAUUGACUGUUAAGUGAAAGGUACCUUAAAAGUUUGCAUUUGUUACCUUCAAACAUAGGACACCUCAAGAUUCGUCUUCUAGAGUUCUAGGGGUCUCCAUUUUAUUGAGAGUUUGCCAUUGCCGUUCCCUUUGUUUCACCAGGGCCACGAGACACUCUACAGGAAGCAUAUAAAUCUCUUGGGCAGGGUGAAAUCAAUGGACUGUUGUUAGAUGCCUAUAUCGCCGGAAGUCACUCCAUCAAGGAUCUCUUUGACCAGCAACUACGGGUCAAGGAAGUUAUAAAGCUGCCAAAAGGGCUUGGAGUUGUCUUAUCAGGAGAGGCCACGAGGCUGCAAAAGAGAGUUCGUGACUACAUCAGAAAUAAGGCUGGACUUAUCACCAAAAUGAUCGAGAACAGUACUACUCCAUUACAGGUAUACUUCAAACCUUCUAUUUUCUGAUAGCACCUUGACAUGUUUCCUUGUUGGUGGUCGGUUCAUUCCGCUAUUUAAGAACGAAAUACACCAAUAAGCUGUCAAUCUUUGUUUCCUAGCAACCAGAAAAAAGUGAGGCCGAGGAACGGACUACAAAGCUGUUUUCUGUUGAAUUCCUGUUAUUUCAUGAGGUACUUUUUGCACUGUUGCAAGCACUUGGAGCUGCUGUCCUCUGUGGCCUCAUUUGGCAAGCCAUCCAUAAACUUCGCGCUCGAAGAAAAAAUGCACUUCCAGGUAAGUCAGUCAGUCAGUCAUUCAGUCAAAUUAUUUUGAUUUAACAAUUAAACUGGGUGAUCACAAAGUCAGUUGACUGAGGACAGCUCAUAAAUCAGUCUUUGAGGCAGGCUUUUGGUCUGUCGCUCGAUCGGUAAAAGAAUCAUUCAAUUAACUAGUCAGUCAGCUAUUGGUUGGUUGAUCGGUAGGUCGGUCAGUAAAUGAUUUAAUGGUUUCGUCAUUCAGUAAACCAUUCAGUCAAGCAGGACGUCAGUCACCCUUAUUAAUUAUAUUAACUUUCAUGAGUCAAAACAGUAAGCCCACUUGUCAGUCUCUACCACUUACUGCAGUUUGUCAGCGAGUUAGUGAUCAGUUCUAUUUUACGAUUGAUAUUAAACUAAAAAAGAAAGACUAGCAGUCUUAUUGAUUCCUAUCUUGUUCACUCCUCUAGAAGGGCAUGGCCGUGCAAGACUGAUGGCACAAAGAAAUGAGAUGCUGAAGACAGUGCAAAAUUUUCAUGACAGUUUCCGACAACUUUACUUGGAUUUAACAUAUAAAAGUGUUCAGGAAUUUCGAAAUUUUGAAGAAGAACGAAACCGACGAAAACAGAGUCGGAAAAAUACUUGA